AUGGCGCUGCGCAUGUGGGCGUGGGCCCUCGUCGCUGCGCGCGCCGCGGCCAUCAAGCACACCUUCGACUUCACGGAUUCGUUCAUCGACGACCACCGCGCGGGAUCGCAGACGUCGACGUUCAACUUCUCCGACUUCCGCCUGCAAACGCGCGCGCAGCCGCGCGGCGCCCGCCUCAAAGCCUCGUCGACGCGCGCCGAGGGCACGUACUGCCCGCGCGGCAUCCAGAACUUCUCGUGCCCGGCCGCGGACCGCCUCUGCGACGUCCAGGCUGAGGCUCAAAACUUCUGCGAGGGCGCCUGCCAGCAGCUCGGCGCGAAUGCCCAGCGGUGCGCGCUCUCGGUCUGGCGGGACCAUGCGGAGCAGGAGUUCCUCGUGACGCUGAACGACCCGCGACACACGUGCGCGUUCCCCGACGAGCUGGACCGCACGAAUCACUGGUUCGAGGAGGCGCGCGCCGGGGCGGAGGGGGGGCGCCGCCUCGACGCGCGCUACCUCCUCGCGCACGCGGAUUCCAGUUUGGUGACCGUCGACGUCUGGCCCGACGCGGCCACCGCGGCCCGGUUCCUGAAGAACGUGCGGGCGUCGGCGAACGCACGCAAGGUGGACGUACGCAAGGGCGACUCCGCGCUGAGGGUUGCGGAGCUCCUGCUCGCGGGGCGCGAGUUCGAUUUCAUAUACGUGGACGGCUCGCACCGGGCCACGGACGUCUUGCUCGACGUGUCGCUCGCCUGGCGCCUCCUGCGGAGCGACGGUCGGGGCGUCAUGCUGCUUGACGACUACGCGCGCGGCGAGCCCGCGCCUCCGAGCGGGCCUUUGAGUCUGGACGAGGGCGCUGACACGGGCGACGCGCGAUGCGCGCGGCGCGUGCGCGACGCGGGCGAGCUCUCCAUGACCGAGGCCAUCGACGCGGUCCUCAGCAGCGCGCCGGGCGGCGCGGAGGUGCUCUACUGCGGCUACCUUCGUGCGCAAGCGACGCGGGCCCGACCGCAUAAGACACGACCACUCGGCCAACCUCACGUGACAGCACUAUGA